AUGGAGUAUGCGAGCCAGACCUCUAGCAGAAACCUAUUGAGAAAGGCAACCACUAUUUUGCCAACUAGCCAGUAUCACUGGAUACUGGAAAUUCUCGCAGUCACUCUUAGUAUUUCUGCUCUCGUCGCUAUUGCCAUCCUUCUCCUUCUCUACAACGACAAGCCUCUAUCAUCCUGGUCAUUCCUCUUCUCCUUUAACACCGUGGUGUCAAUUCUCGGAGCUACUUCAAGAGCAACACUAGCGUUCGCUGUGAGCGCAUGUAUCAGUCAAGGGAAGUGGAAUUGGUACAGGAAACGGGAUGAUACUAUCAUGGUCUUCGAUCGCUUUGAAGAAGCCAGCCGUGGUCCCUGGGGAAGUGUCAGGCUUCUAUGGUGGUCGAAGCUGAGACACUGGAUUGCUCUCGGGGCCUUAUCGACCGUCAUUCUGGUGGGCUUUGAGCCAUUUCUACAGGCCAUAAUCGACUUCGAGGGCGAAGAAAUCUCGUUCUCAGACCCUGUCGCCAAAGCAACAAUUGGAAGGACUGGUAGGCUUGACAUCGGCUCUCAUAUCAGUAUCUCAGGGGCUGCAGUCGCACUAACGGUGCCCGACUUUCCAGGAGAAGCAAUUACUGGCAUCUCAAUGUUUUCACAGCAUGAUUUCGGUGCUCUCGCUGCAAUGUGGGCUGGUUUCUCGAAUCUCAUUUCCGCCGAAAACCAGAGGGCGGCAUUCACUUGCCCCUCAGGCAACUGCACCUGGCCGCCUUAUACAUCUUUAGCAACAUGCAGCUCAUGCAGCGAUAUCUCAAAGCACAUUGUCAAGUCAACCGGAAGGACUAAUCUAUUGAAAGCUGAAGAUGACAGCCUUACAAUGGUGGACUUCAUCUCCUCAGGCUCAAUAUAUCCGAUACCUAACAUCACGGCUGGCUACGUCAAGUACGAGAUCCCGGCGCUCGGCAUGAACAUAUCAAAUAUUGAUGGGGCCGCCGUAGCAGCCUUGAAGAAAGACAAUGAAACGAUUGUGAAUACAGAAUUGACAGCAAAAGCAACAACCCAGCCAUCAGAAACAGUCAGCUUCCGCGACAUGAAAUCUCUCAUAAUAUCCUUCGCAAUGAUGGAGUCUAGCAACGACUUCCGAGAAGGCAAGCAGGUCUGGGAAGACAAAGCCAUUACAGCACAAGAGUGUGCUCUAUACUUCUGUACCAAUGUGUAUCAAACCACGGUCAAACAAGGUGCCUUGAAGGAGACUAUUCUAGGUUCCUAUGCUAGUCGAAACCUCGAUUCUUUUCUCUCUCAGAAACCUGACGAGGCCCAGCUGUCAAAGGCAUACAACGAGUACACAAAUCACACCUUGAACUACGACAAGUCAGACUUCAACCGAACCGACCUCCAACUAUUGAUUUCACCGGAGGAGUAUCGCAGCGCCACUGGUCUGAACACAGAUAAUAGCUUACGUUUCAAUAUCUCACAAAAUACAGCCGGAAGCAUCACUGGCGCGUUUGCAAAUCAGUUUGCCCGUCGGCCAAGCCCUUUGAGCAAGAAGCAGCUAGUAUAUCCACCGUUACGUCGAUCCCCUCAGCGCAACGUAAUCACCAGCUUAGGGACAUGCCGGAAUUUCACAGCAAUUUUCGAGGCAGCAGCUGCUGGUUUAACAAAGUACAUACGUGAUCUAUCGUUGGAAGAUGAGCCUUUGGAAGGUAAGACGCAGCAGUGGGUAGUCCACAUUCGCGUGCGUUGGGGGUUUCUAUCUCUUCCGAUGGCGGCAUUAUUAGGUGGCUGCUUGUUCUGCCUCUUUUCGAUCAUUGAAACAAGACGGCUGGGACUGCCAGCCUGGAGGGGAAGUUCGCUGGCUGGGCUAUCCCAUGGACUUGACGCAGAAUCUCGAGAGCGGCUAAGAGCAGCGGAUGGAGUUUCGCAGAUGGAUGCGCAUGCUGAUCGUGUCAAGGUCCGAUUCUUAGAUUCGCCGAUGGGUCCGGAACUGAGACUGAGCCACAACAUAGCUCAUUAG